AUGGGCACGACCGCCACGCGCCAUCUGUCCUCCGAGGAGCUACACCUAAUUCAGACGGAGAGCGGAUUCUCGCUGCCAAGGAUUGACUAUCUGUACGGGCAGUAUCAGUCGCUGGAUCGCGACUCCGAGGAUCGCAUCCUGCGCAGCGAAAUGCUGCGCGUGCCCCCUUUGGCAGGACAUCCGCUGGCGGAGCGGAUUGUGGACGUGUUGCUGCACCCAUCGCUGGGGUUCCGGCAUUUCGUGUGCGGUCUGGCUCAUUUUCGGCGCAGCGAGCCGCUGGAGCGGAAGCUGAAAUACAUGGUAAGCCUGUACGACGAGGACGGCGACGGGAUGUUGAGCAUGGAGCAGUGCCAAGAGCUGAUCGCCCGUCUGCCGGUCUCGCCGCGAGAGGUGCGAGUGAUGCGCUGGCGUCUCAAGCAGCUGCUGGCCGAGAAGACGCAGCUGGAUGGCCAGGACUUUGGCUACAUAACGCGUGGCCUGGACCUCGACCAGUGCCUGUCGCUUCGAUUCUGCUGA